AUGUCGACGUCAGAACCCUCGCCUGGUCAACCGCAAGACGAGGCUCAGAUCCCCCAAGUCCUCAUUGAGGAAGCCACCGCAGUGGCAGAAGCAGAUCAGGAGGAGGCAGGCGAUUCGGGAAAUACAAACACCACCGCGCCCUCGCCAGAGAGCCAUGUUCGACAUCAUGGCCGCUCCUCUCCACGCCUAGACGACGUCCCCGCGCCAGCCUACAAUGCCGCCCAGUAUGGGCAGUUGGACAUCAGUCAGAAUGGGCUGGACACGACCGCUCAAGUCAGCAGUAAUGGCAGAAUCAACAUCAACAUCAACCAGCGCAGCAAGAAGCUCACGAACCUCCUCAUACCCGCCCUACGACACCAGUUGGACAUCCAGAAGCAGAAGGCGACUGCUGAGCCUCAAAUCCCAGAGGGCCUCGGGGAGACAGACGAUGGACUGCCUCCGCCCCCUAUGAACAUUGUGAUCCAGAUCGUGGGUAGCAGAGGAGAUGUCCAACCCUUUGUCGCCUUGGGUCAGGUGCUGAAGAAGAAGUACAACCAUCGAGUCAGGAUAGCCACGCAUCCCACGUUCAAAGAGUUUGUGACUGAAAACGGCCUGGAGUUCUUCAGUAUCGGUGGGGAUCCCGCAGAACUCAUGGCUUUCAUGGUCAAAAAUCCAGGGCUAAUGCCAGGAAUCGACUCUCUCAAGGCCGGCGAUGUAGGCAAGCGAAGAAAAGGUAUUUACGAGAUCAUCACUGGGUGUUGGAGGUCUACAAUUGAAGCCGGUGAUGGAAUGGGGGUGCAAGUGGCAGAUGACACUCAAUCCUUCGACAGCGCCAUCAGCUUCGGGGCAGAUCCGAGCUUGAAACCUUUCGUUGCAGAUGCCAUCAUCGCGAAUCCUCCAAGUUUUGCUCAUGUGCAUAUUGCCGAGAAGCUGGGCAUUCCCCUCCACAUGAUGUUCACCAUGCCUUGGUCGCCAACGCAGUCCUUUCCGCAUCCACUUGCGAAUAUUGUCUCCUCGAACACCGACGCCAAUAUGGCCAACUUUGUUACAUAUGCUUUGGUGGAUAUGUUGACGUGGCAAGGCUUGGGAGAUGUAAUCAACCGGUUCCGAGAGAGGAGUCUCGGACUGGAGCCUAUAAGCAUCAUGUGGGCGCCGGGCAUGCUUAGCAGGUUACGAAUUCCCUGGACAUACUGCUGGUCCCCUGCUCUGAUACCAAAGCCUACCGAUUGGGGAAGUUACAUUGAUAUCUCCGGCUUCUAUUUCCUUAAUCUUUCCACCAACUUCACACCGUCGGAGGAACUCGCAAACUUCCUGGCUGCCGGACCCCCACCUGUCUAUAUCGGUUUUGGUUCAAUUGUCGUUGAUGACCCCAACGCCAUGACUAAGAUGAUCUUCGAAGCAAUCAAGAAAACGGGUCAACGGGCUCUUGUGUCCAAGGGCUGGGGUGGGCUCGGCGCCGAUCAAUUAGGGAUUCCAGAAGGGGUAUUCAUGCUAGGCAACUGUCCUCAUGAUUGGCUUUUCCAGUACGUUUCAUGUGUGGUUCACCACGGCGGUGCUGGAACAACAGCCGCGGGAAUUCUUGCCGGUCGACCGACUGUCGUGGUGCCUUUCUUCGGUGAUCAGCCAUUCUGGGGUUCAAUGACUUAUCGUGCUGGAGCAGGACCUAAGCCUGUUGCAUACAAGGUACUGACAGCCGACAAGCUUGCAGAGUCAAUCAUGGAAGCUUUAAAGCCCGAGUCUUUAAAUCGAGCGAAAGAGCUGAGCAUGAAAAUCAAAUCGGAAAAGGGCACAGAGGCCGGCGCGGAGUCUUUUCACAAACAAUUACACUUGUCUGACUUGCGAUGCUCGCUAGCUCCGACUCGGACCGCUGUCUGGCGAGUUAAACGAACGGACAUUCGCCUUUCGCCUCUCGCAGCAAUUGUUCUCGGCAGCGAAGGUCUACUUGACUUCUCGGACCUCAAGUUAUACCGACCUCGAGAGUACGAAACAGAGGAUGGUCCAUGGGAGCCCAUCUCUGGUGGUGCUGCAGCUCUCAUGGGAACAAUUGGCAAUCUAUCUAUGGGCGUCGCCGAUUUCCCUGUGGAAAUAUUGAAGUCGCUAAAGACAGCCAGCACUGAACUCAAGGAUCUACAUGAGCGAAGACAUUCGCCCACUGGAUCGUCCACUCCUCCUGCCUCUUCAGAGCGCGCAUCCGCUGGAGAUGUAUCAACCACAGCUGAUGCCGCGUCGGAAGGCCCGCGUUCUAGCGUUGCGUCAAGUGCCACCACCCAGGUUGGACAGGAACAAGCCACUCCCUCAUCACGACCGUCAGCCAUGUCGACUGUAUAUACUCCAAAUGGCAGCACAAGAGGCUCAUCCCAUGGUCGUCGUUGGUCCCGUGACGGGCACCACUCUCGGUCCAAUUCUGGUUCGCCGAAACCAGGACAUCGUGCGCAAUCACCAGCAUGUGAAGAAGUAGGGCAGAUAACACUAGACACUGCUGUGACUGGAGCAAGAGCUGUUGGGAAGAUUGUGUCCGCCGGUGUAAAAUCACCCAUGGAAUUCACAUUGUCGCUUGCAAAAGGUUUCCACAACGCCCCAAAGCUAUACGGUGAUGAGACGGUCAGGAAUAGCGAGAAAAUUGUGGAUCUACAUUCUGGCCUGAAAGCGGCUGGCAAGGAAUUCAGUUACGGCUUCUACGAUGGUAUUACUGGCCUGGUGACCCAACCUCUAGCCGGUGCUAAAAAGGAGGGCGCCGUGGGCUUCUUCAAAGGAGCAGCGAAGGGCCUUGGAGGCCUGGUCCUAAAACCUGGUGCCGGCAUAUGGGGCCUUCCUGGAUAUACCGCAAAAGGCAUAUAUGCUGAGGUCUCAAAGCACUUCGGCAGUUCCGUGCACAACUAUAUCAUUGCCGCCCGAACAGCUCAAGGAUUCGAUGAAUGGAAGAAUAGCACGCCGGAGGAGAGGGCGUCAAUUGUGCAAGCUUGGAAGGACAGUAAGCUUGAAACUCGUAAAGCUGGGCGAUUGUAUGGGGAGGAACGCAAGGAGACUAUCGAACAAAACAUCCUUAGCAAGACCCACAGCGAUUCCAUCGAAUUAAUUCACGGAUUCAAGAACACCAGACAUCUCAGCUGGGAUGAGCGCAAAGCUCUCGACGUGAGGCGACAGCAACUUAAAAAGGAACAGAAAGAGCUUGAGCGUCGUGAGAAGGCAAUCAAGAAGGAGGAGAUAAAGCGCAGUGGCAAAAUCAAGAGUCGCUGCAAAUUUUGCCCCUUCGAUCACGACAGUAGCGACCAUCUUCACCAUACUCGGUCGUUGUCAAGCAUCAGUUCCAGCCUUGGUCAUGUGAAGAGUCGGGAGGAUGUCGGAGUUAUUGCAGAGUAUGAGGAAGCUAUCCAAAGAGCAAUCACGGAAACCAGUAAAGGCAAUUCAGAGGAGGAUGCAGUCAUUGAGAGAGCGCUACGGGCUAGUCUGCGUGAACUACACACUGCACAAUCUGAUGGCAGUGCUAAAAAGGACAAAGCUCUCAAGACGGCAGUGCUAGCGAGUCUCCAAGAGUUUAAGCGAGCGCAUGCAGAACGCUCGUCUCAAAAGAGUGGCACUGUAUCCGUCAAGGAUGAGGUACAAGAAGACAAGGAGGCUGACCAUCACGAUCGUGAACUCGAACAGGCGUUGACGCAAAGUCUGGAAGAGUACAGAGCGGCCCACUUGGCGCAUGAGGACUCGCAGCACUCCUCUGGCGAUCAUCUGGAUUACAGUGAUUCUGAGGUCGACACAGACUAUGAUGAGGACUUCAAACGAGCCAUCGAAGAAAGCAAGAGACUCCAUAGUGAAAACGAGCAGACGAGGAAAGAUCUUGCAGCGAGGGAGGCGAGCUUACUCGAGGCGGGAAGUGCCAGAGAAGUCGCUGCGUAG